ACGCAGGGCAGCUGGAGCGGCCCGUGUGUCGGUCGGUCCUGAUAACGGGGCCCGGUGGAAACCCUCCCUCCGAGUUUUUCUCCUGUUCAUGACAUGGGGAGUAUUUUUAGCGGCUGUUGUCAUCUUGUCGUAACGGCGCGGCUGCUGCGUUCAGUAUAAAGGACUGCCUCAAAAUGCAGUUGUACAACAGUGUACUGACACACUACCCGAGGUCGUCUCGCAAAGUUACAAUAACUUUGUCCGGCGGCUCCGAGCGCAACAGCGGGACGGCGGAAAGUUGCUCCGGCUCCGACGCGCAUAACUCUCACAGACCUUCAGCGCCCAGCAGCGGUGAUCCAGAGGCAAACAUGCCUGCCUUUUCGUGUUACGACGCUUCCCCCAGGAGGCCAGUGUACUUCACAUCCACGGCGGAGAUACUAAUCCGCAGGCCGGAUGGAGUGGAGAGGUCUGUGCCCGUCCACAUCAUCAGAGAGUCCCAAAGCAAACCUCCCUCUCCUCACUGCCAGGAUGGGGAGAACUCCCUCUGCAAUGACCGGGAGUCUGAGGCCAUAGUGGACUUGAUAGAUCACCUGAGGAAUGGCACUGAUGACCUUUUCCCCGACUGCCCCGAACUGGUUGGAAAUCUGAUUUUUAAGAACAUUAAUGGGCCAGCAAGAGAAGAACAUGACAGAAAGCUGGGAAAUUCAUGUGAGGUUGAUUCAGCUUCACCGAUUAGAAGCAAUGGAUGGGCCUCCUUCGAUGAAGAGGAGUCGCUCCCCUCCAGAGCCGCUAAAGACUUCAAAACAGAAGAUUUUAGCGAUAUGAACAGUGUCAAAGCUGCCCCGGCAGCAGAAGAGAAACAGACUUUUGAGCUGAGCAUUCUGCAGGAGCCUCCUCCGCAGAGAGGCCAAGAGAAAGAGGACAUCAGCGACAAAGUCACCCGGUACCUGGCUGAGGUGGAGCAGCAAAACCAGUACCUGCAGGAGAAGCACAAGUACAGGUACCACAUCAUUCCAGACGGCAACUGUUUGUACAGAGCCGUGUGCAAAGCCACGUACGGGGACCAGGCCAGACACGGGGAGCUGCGGGAGCAGACGGUGCACCACAUCGCCGACCACCUGGACGAGUUCAACCCCAUCAUCGAAGGGGACGUGGGAGAGUUCUUGAUCAACGCGGCGCAGGACAGCGCCUGGGCCGGUUACCCCGAGCUUCUCGCCAUGAGCCAGAUGCUGAAUGUCAACAUUCACCUAACGACGGGGGGCAGCUUGGAGAGCCCCACCGUCUCCACCAUGAUUCACUAUCUCGGGGAGGAGGAUGCCUCCAAACCAGCCAUCUGGCUGAGUUGGCUCAGCAACGGUCACUACGACGUCAUCUUGAACAGGCAUCUCCCCAACCCCGAGUACGAGGACUGGUGUCGGCACUCACAGAUGCAACGGAAACGAGACGAAGAGCUGGCAAAGUCGAUGGCCGCCUCUUUAUCCAAGAUGUACAUAGAACAGAACGGUUGUGUGUGAAAGGAAGCCAGUCUGACGAUGGAUAUAUUUUCUUACAGAAUAACGCAGAACUCUGGUUCCUGCUUGGUUUUUACAUGCUUUUAAAUUAUUUUUUAUAAGAUUUCUAUCAUGAGUGACAAGAAGUGCAGUGCACGUACUAUAGUUUUUGUAUUUACCAGAAUUUCCAAGUUUGUGUUUGAAAGGAUGCGACAGUUUGGGUUGUGUUGACAUGAGUGACAUAUAAUGAGUUUGUGAUUGUGUUUGGAGGCACAGAUUUUAUUUUCCCUUUCUUUUUUUUGGCAAACCAUUUAUUUUUCUGAUAUGCUUUACUGGCAGUUGUGUCAUGUUUUCAAAUAAACAGAAAGCUGGUGUGCAUUUUCCCAACUACCUACGUAGUGUGAUACCUGUUUAGCUACUCUCUUUUGCACAAAAGUCCUAUCAGACUAGUUUGGAGAGUCUUGAUUUGUGUCAAUUUCUUUUCAGUUAUUCCAGUUCUUUUUAUGCCUUUGACAUUUUUUGUUCAAAAUAAAAUAUCACUUAAUUUA